UGACACAGGGACUGGUGGACGCUGCGGCCCCCGGAGCGGCGGAGCCUCGGGGCCCAGCAGCCAGGGGUGAGGGUCUGCUUCCAAGCCCGCCGGCGCCCGCCCGCUGCCCCGCCGAGGCGCUAGGAGGAGCCGAGGGGGGCGGAGACUGGUGUCGGAGGAGGGGCGGGGUGGGGACGCUCUGGAGAACCGGCCGCUGCACAGACAAAAAAGCCCCGAAUGGCUGGAGAGCCUUCUACUGUUACCAGCCUGGUGGGGCCAAGCACGGAUUUGACAGCUCCACAACGUGAGGAUAUCCGCUGACCCUGCGACACAGAGAACACUUCCCCGAGACUCCCUGUCCAGCUAGUCGGCUCUGUAAGGUUGCAACUUUCCAACUUUGUUGUUUUUCAAUCGCUGUCCAGAAGACUGCCCCUCCGUGUAGGAGAGGGUGCAAGGGCGAUCCGCCUUGUGGAUCGAUUUGAAAGCAUCAACUUAAAAGGCACGUGUGGUUCCCAAUGCCACCCAGACGCUUGUUUUCCUGACGACUGGAUUUCUCUGACUUUAUUCCUGACUGCUUUGGGGGAAUGCUGAAAGGCAACUGAAGCCUGCAGAAGAAAAGCUCCCGAUUGUCAUGGCUGAAGGAGAGAAUGAAGUGAGAUGGGAUGGACUGUGCAGCAGAGAUUCGACGAUCAGAGAGACAGCGCUGGAAAACAUCAGGCAAAUCAUUUUGAGGAAAACCGAAUACCUUCGUUCAGUCAAAGAGCCGCUUUAUCGACCUUCAGACGGCCUUUCAAAUGCUGUUUCUUUGGAUGGGAUGAAUAAGCUUCUUGCCCAUCUGCUUAUGCUUUCUAAGAGGUGUCCCUUUAAAGACGUGAGAGAGAGAAGUGGGUUCAUUCUGAAGAGCGUCGAGGAACUUGGAAUCAGAAUUCCUCGGCCACUAGGACAUGGACCAAGCAGGUUCAUCCCAGAGAAGGAGAUUCUACAAGUGGGGAGUGAAGACGCACAGAUGCAUGCUUUAUUUGCAGAUUCCUUUGCUGCUUUGGGUCGUUUGGAUAACAUUACAUUAGUGAUGGUUUUCCACCCACAAUAUUUAGAAAGUUUCUUAAAAACUCAACACUAUCUACUGCAAAUGGAUGGGCCGUUACCCCUCCAUUAUCGGCACUACAUUGGAAUAAUGGCUGCAGCAAGGCAUCAGUGUUCCUACCUAGUGAAUCUACAUGUAAAUGACUUCCUUCAUGUUGGUGGGGAUCCCAAGUGGCUCAAUGGUUUAGAGAAUGCACCUCAAAAACUACAAAAUUUAGGAGAACUUAACAAAGUAUUAGCCCACAGGCCUUGGCUUAUCACCAAAGAACACAUCGAGGGGCUUUUGAAAGCUGAAGAGCAGAGCUGGUCUCUCGCAGAGUUGGUCCAUGCUGUGGUUCUGCUCACACACUAUCAUUCUCUUGCCUCAUUCACGUUUGGCUGUGGAAUUAGUCCAGAAAUUCAGUGUGAUGGCGGCCACACCUUCAGACCUCCUUCUGUUAGUAACUACUGCAUCUGUGACAUUACGAAUGGCAAUCACGGUAUGGAUGAGAUGCAAGUCAACUCAGCGGGAAGUAUUUCGGUAAGUGAGUCCUUCUUUGAGGUCGAAGCCCUCAUGGAAAAGAUGAAGCAGUUACAGGAGUGUCGAGACGAGGAGGAGGCGAGCCAGGAGGAGAUGGCGUCGCGGUUUGAGAUGGAGAAGAAUGAGAGCAUGUUCGUCUUCUCUUCAGACGAUGAUGAAGUUACACCAGCAAGAGACGUAUCUCGGCACUUUGAGGACACUAGUUAUGGCUAUAAGGAUUUCUCUAGACAUGGAAUGCAUGUUCCAACAUUUCGUGUCCAGGACUACUGCUGGGAAGACCACGGUUAUUCUCUGGUGAAUCGUCUUUAUCCAGAUGUGGGACAGUUAAUUGAUGAGAAAUUUCAUAUUGCUUACAAUCUUACUUACAAUACGAUGGCAAUGCACAAAGACGUCGAUACCUCAAUGCUCAGACGGGCUAUCUGGAACUAUAUUCACUGCAUGUUUGGAAUACGAUAUGAUGACUAUGACUAUGGUGAAAUUAACCAGCUGUUGGACCGUAGCUUCAAAGUUUAUAUCAAAACUGUUGUCUGCACUCCUGAAAAGGUCACCAAAAGAAUGUAUGAUAGCUUCUGGAGGCAGUUCAAGCACUCUGAGAAGGUUCAUGUUAAUCUGCUUCUUAUAGAAGCUAGGAUGCAAGCAGAACUCCUGUAUGCUCUGAGAGCCAUCACCCGCUAUAUGACCUGAUGCCUCUCCUUAAAGACAAUCCUGGGAUGAACAGCAAGUGUAGUCUACAAGGGGAUGGAACCAAGCCCCAGGACCAAGGGUAGAUAAAAGAAUUCAGAACUCCGUUGUGCCAUGAUUCCUUUAGUGUCUGCUGCUUUACUGUGGGAUACCACUGCUUGUCUAGCAGUGGGUGCUUGGCAGCUUCCGUGUUAGAGCUGUGGAGGAAGGCUGCUGGUCACAGUGUUUGCUUCUUGACCGUCCAGGAUGCUGGACACUUGUUUCAAUACAGCAACCCCAGGAUUCUCCAAAUCCUGCUGCUCUGAUGUGGUAAGGUAACAAGAACUGGAGUAUGUAAAGACUGGGACUUGGGUACUGAGUUUGUAUGUAAGGAAUCCAGCAGCUCCGGGUGCUGCUGUGGCUGGGGAUGAGUGUGUGGCUGCUCCAGCUAAGCUACUAGUGAUUAAAGUGAGCACUGCUACUCCCUGAGCCUACCUACAUACCUUGUGUGGUUUUCAAUUAAACUUGUACACGUUCUCUUUUUCUCGCAUCUAAAAAAGCAUAGAAUUAUUACUCACAGCUCAGCAAAGACCAUGUCGAUGUCGAUGGUAACAGUUUGUUUCUUUCAUUAUAGUUUUUAAAAUUCAAUUAUUGGAUAAUAUCACAGUGGCAUUCUUAAAAGAUUUUCUCCAAAGAGCAAUCUUAUAAUGAAAGUAUGUGGAUUAUUACAAAAACAAAAACAAAAACAGGCUAUCUUUUGAUGCUGUUUCCCAAGAUUUUCUGACACUGGAGGGCAGCUGUCUUGUGCAGAAAAUGUGGAAAAUAGUGCUGCAAACCGCUGCACAGUCCCGGGUGCAUCCUGCCCCAUGUGCUCCUGUUGACCUCAUGACCCUGACCUUGAAGGUUGUGCAGCUCCUUACAGAAUAAAGCUGGAAAAUAUUUUAGUGAGGUUGUCAAAUUUGUAUCUUGAUUUACAAAAUGCUAACUUUGAGAUACAAACAUUGAAAAAUGUAUUAAGUACUUUGUAUUCUGGAACCGUGAAUUGCUUUUGAAGUCUGUCAGUAUUAUUGGUAUUUUUCAAUAAAGAAUAAUUUUCUGCAA